GUAGAAUAGCCGCUGACCAAUUGUUGUUUUGAUAAAGAUGGACCUCAAUCAUGGCGGAGUUCGAGAGGAGUAUCAAGAAAUUCGCAGUGUUUUUAACAAUGGAAGGGACCAUUCUGGUAUUACAUCCGUCCUAUUUGAUUCUCUUGAAGAACUGGUUUGGACGGGGAAUCAGUCGGGUUACUUGACCUCUUAUUUUGGACCAGAACUUCAAAAGUACACAUCAUUUAAAGUUCAUCAUGGAGAAAUCCGUCACAUGUUAGUCAAUGAUCAUGGGAUACUGUCUCUGUCUAGUAACAAAUUAUGCUUCUCCGCUCGUUCUGGACUUAGAAUCUUUAACCUGAGUGGGUCUGAUCUGUCAGACAUGCAGUGUAUGUUUCAAAAAGAUGAGACACACUUAUGGGUUGCUGGUCACCAGGGAUUAAUGGUAGAUGUUGACUUGAGAAAAGGAGUCAUUAGUAAAACGAUUGAAGUUGAUCCUGGUACUGUUGUGAUGAAACAGUCUAAUCGUUACCUCUGUUGUGGUGAUACAUCUGGCAAGGUGCGGCUAAGGGAUCCUUCCUCUCUGAAGUCUGAGCAUGUGUUAGAAGCACACACAGGAACCCUGUCAGAUUUUGACGUAUCAGGAAACCUUUUGGUUACUUGUGGGUUCUGCUCUAGAAUGGGACAUUUAGCAAUAGACAGAUUUCUCAUGGUGUAUGAUCUUAGAACACUGAGAGCUAUUCCACUUCAGGUUGCCAUCGAUCCAUUGAUAUUGAAGUUUGUUCCUGCAUUUACAUCAAGAGUAGCAGUGGUUUCUCAGAAUGGACAAUUUCAGCUUCAUGAACCAGGUGGUCUUGUGACGCAGUCAUCAAUGAUGGUGUACCAUGUUAACACUCAUGGCUCUUUAUGCACCACUUUUGACAUUUCUGCAACAUGUCAGACCAUGGUAUUUGGAGAUGCAGGAGGAAAUACACAUCUCUGGGGGGACACUCAGGAAAAAGACAUUUUGUUUAACAUGUAUUCAAGGGAAACAGAAUUUGCUGCUCCUAUUCCUCAUCUUCAUCCUUUGGCCAUCGAUGAUUAUUCUAUUCCACUCUCCACUUUUCCUCUUCCUAUGCCAAAUGGUCCACUACUUUCUGACUGGCCAGCAGAAAAUAUGGUGUUUGGAGACAGGCCUACUCCACCAAUUGAACCUGAAAUUCUCCGCACGAUGGUUGUCAGGCAUUUCAUUGGUUAUGCACCUAACCCCGGAAGCAGAAAACGUAAUCAGGUAGCAUACCCGCUUAGAGAUUUAUCAUUGAAUUCCCAAGAGGAAGAAAACAGUGUGCCAGAUUCACCCAUGAACAGAGAUGAUGAUCCUGGAAAUGUGAUACCAAAGCACUACAGAAGAGUAGAGAUCAAAUACUCAAAACUUGGCGUUGAAGACUUUGAUUUCAAGCACUACAACAGGACAUCAUUUGCUGGUUUGGAGACGCACAUUCCAAAUGCUUACUGUAACGCCAUGCUGCAGCUCUUUUAUUUCAUUGAACCGCUUAGAGUGGGAAUGCAAAACCAUUUGUGCCAUCGAGAAUUCUGUAUGGCGUGUGAACUUGGUUUCUUAUUUCACAUGCUGGACAUGUCCUCUGGACAAACCUGCCAGGCCAAUAACUUUCUCCGAGCUUUUCGUACCAUUCCUGAGGCAGCAGCGUUGGGUUUAGUCCUGAACGAUGUCGAUGAGUCCUUUGGAAAUGCUAACUUUCCUCGCUUGAUACAAAGCUGGUUUAGAUUUGUUCUUCAACAGAUGCAUCAGGACACUCUUGAACCACCUAACGUAUCGGAUGGAGAAAAGGACGAUAUACAGACUACGACUGGCAAACCUCAUCAGAUGUCUUUAAUUCAGCGACUGUUUGGAUCAAAUGUUCAGCUACUUAGUCGGUGUCGCUGUGGUAAAGAGUCCAAAAGAGAUUCAACCACAUUGCUGUUCAACUUAGAAUACCCUGAAAUGUGUGAAGAAAAGCAACAGGGUCCAGUGAGCUUCGAGUCAGUGAUAUCGUCGAGUUUGAGCCGUGAACAGAGUAUGCAGGCUUGGUGUGAUCAGUGCUCAAGAUAUCAACCCACAGUUCAAAGUCGCGAAGUUAAGAAUCUACCAGACAUCUUGGCUCUAAACUGCGGUAUGGAGCAUGCCAAAGAAGUUGAAUUUUGGAAAAUACAGCAACAGUUACUAGAUCCGCCAAAGCCCGAGGAGAAGUCCACUUCCCUUCCAUCUUCCGGCCGUUCUUGUCGUUAUGGCAACGCGUGCUCCAGACCAGACUGCAAGUUUAGACACGAUAGAGAUGUUGCAUCGGAAAGUGGGCGGGUGGAGGUUCCCGAGGAAGAAAGACUUAAUGGUUGGGUUCCACUCUCGAUAAUGAUAUCGUUUGACUCCGGUAAAAUGCAAGUGACCAAGAUUGAUGAGAAUCAGAAAGUAAGAUGUUCGGAAAAUGAGGUCGUGUACGAUCUGUUAGCAACUGUGGGCCAUGUGCAGGACUUCAAAUCGGGUGGAAACCUGGUGGCUCACAUUCAUGUUGGUAAUACCUACCACAGUCGUAAAGAGGGCGUGACAUGCAGUCAGUGGUACUUAUUUAAUGAUUUCGCCAUCACUCCUAUAUCACCAAACGAUGCCGUUCAUUUUUCGUUAGAUUGGAAGUUACCAUGUGCUGUUGUUUUUACAAGGAGAGACAUAAAUGGUCGUCAUGAAACUGCAAUCCGUCAAAGAAUCGAUGACAGCGUUUUGUAUCAGGACGUGUCCCUUGUCAGAAGAGGCAGCGUGUCUCGUGAUUUCACCCCCCUGGGACCUGAUGAGCUGCCGAAAGAGGGAGAUCUUGUGGGGCUAGACGCAGAAUUUGUAACACUGAAUCAGGAGGAAGCAGAGAUAAGAAGUGAUGGCACCAGGUCAACCAUAAAACCAAGUCAGAUGAGUGUAGCGCGUGUUACCGUCGUCCGAGGGAAUGGGCAAUUGACUGGUGUACCAUUUAUUGAUGACUACAUUUCAACCACAGAACAGGUUGUUGAUUACCUAACCAAGUUUUCAGGUAUAAAACCAGGGGACUUGGACGCAACAAUGUCUUCCAAACAUCUCACCACACUUAAAACUACUUAUCGCAAGCUGAGGGCUUUAGUCGCAAGAAAAGUGAAGUUUGUUGGUCAUGGCCUGAAGAAAGAUUUCCGAGUCAUAAACAUAUUGGUUCCAAAAGAGCAAGUAUUUGACACUGUGGAACUCUUUCAUCUGCCACGUCAACGAUUCAUUUCCUUGCGAUUUUUGGCUUGGUAUUUUCUAGGGUUAACAAUCCAGUCCGAAACUCAUGAUAGUACUGAAGACGCCAAAACAGCCUUACAACUGUACAGGAAAUACGAAGAGUUGUCUUCAAAAGGAGAGUUUAGAAAAGUUUUGAAACAGCUUUACGAGGAUGGAAGAAAGUCUGGAUGGAAAGUUGAAGAAAAGGAUUAUUAAUACCUCUAAUGCCUUUUAGUUUGGAACGAGAUGAGCUGUUUUUUUUUCAGCAUCUAUUAACGACGACAUUCCUCAUGGCUCAGAACUGUUUAGAUAUUUACAAGAUAUUAAAUUAUUUAUCAAACGCAUCA